UGUGAGAAUGAGGUGUUCGAGCGCUGGAUGAAGCUGGUGACCCUUCUGCACACCAACCCCGAGGAAGUGUACGGCUACGAGGCUGUCACACCAGAGAUUGAAUGCAUCCUGGAGCAGGCCAGUCUGGAGACCUCCAUCACCACACUCUCUGACUGGCAGCUAGAGCCACCGGAGAUGUCACCGGGCAUGAGGGAAUACUACGAGGCGAGUCGUGCGAGCAGCAAGAAGAGUAAACAGAGCAAAAAAAGCAAGAAGAGCGACAAGAGUGAAAAGACGGACUGCAGUGAGAGGACCCAAAGCAAGAGGGAAGGGAGUGAUGACGAGAGCCUGCCUUACUUCGACCAUGAGCAAGAACCCUGGCCUCCUGUCGAAUUGCCAAAGAAAGAGAAGAAAAGUCGAGGAAAGUCGAUAGGUUUCAACUUCUUUAACAAAGGAUCUAAAGAGAAGCUAGAGGACAAGGAACAGCAACCUCAGAAAGCCAAGGCAGCAGCGCCUCCAUCCACUCCAUCAGUCCCAGCACAGGAGAAAGAGUCAAAGGUGAGGCUUGAGAAGGAGGGAAAGGGUGACAGGAGUAAAAAGGAAUCAAAACCAAAGGACAAAUCCAAGGGCAAGGAAGGCAAGGGGGAUAAGGAGAAGAAGAAACAGAAGAUGAAGGAGGACAAGGAGAGAGAGAAAGUGGAGAGGCAGCAGGAGAAAGAGAGGCAGCAGAGGGAGAAGGAGGAGAAGAAGCAGAAACAGAAGGAAGGCAGGAAGCAGAAAGGGAAGGAUGACAAGAGGGGGAAGGAGAAAGAGAAGCGGCAGCGAGAGAAGGAGGAGAGGCAGCAAAAGAAGGAGGCCAAGCAGCGGGAGAAAGAGGAGAAGAAGCAGCGAGAGCUGGAGGACAGGAGGGAGAAAGGGAAGGAGGACAAACAAGCAAAGGAGAAAGAGAAGAGGCAACAUGGGAAUGAAGACAAGAAACAGAAAGACAAGAAAAAGCAAAGCAAACCAUCAGCUUCCAAGUCCAAAGAGAAAGUGGAAGAAUGAGAUAUCGAUGGCUCAGCUCAGGAGUUGAGAACAAAAAUAGGGAAAAGACUGGAAGAUGGUAAGUGUUAUCAAAUGGAAGAGGAGAAUCCACAACAAGAGAGAAUGACUGGUGUCUAAAUGUAUUAGAAUGGAUCUAAUACCUUCAUGUGAACUGGGAAUAAAAUACUUCCUUGCAGUUUAUUUUGGCUUUGACAAAGUUUAAAGGUCAA